AUGAAGGCCGCCCGCCGUCCGAUGCGGGCGCUAUACGUCAGUCGCACCAGCAACCCCAAAUCCUCGGCCGCUGCCUCUACCCCUGCAUCCACCCGCAGCCUCAUUCAGCAGGCUACCACGUCAUCGAAGGAAGCUGCUUCAGGAUCCCCGCUGGCCAAACUCCCCAUCUCCUCGGUCUUGCGGUCGUUGGUGAUCUUGUCCGUGUCGUCCUCGACUCUUCUCCUGAAGCCAUGCAUCUUUGCUCUCUCGACCCUCGCUCACCCCAAGACCCCCGUCUUGGACGUGGCCAAGAACCCUCUCUUGAACGCGCUCGUCAAGCACACUUUGUACAAGCAGUUCAACGCUGGUGAGAACAAGCUCGAGGUUCAGCGGUCGAUCCAGGCCAUCAAACAACUGGGUUACCGCGGUGUUUUGCUGGGCUAUGCCCGCGAAGUCCUGGUGGGUGAGAGCGAUGUCGAUUUCCGCGACGAGAAGGCCGCGCAGGCUGAGAUCCAGACGUGGCUGGAUGGAACCCUGCAGACGGUGGAUAUGGCCCAGGAAGGCGACUUUGUGGCCCUGAAGUUCACUGGUAUGGGAACUCAGGUUCUCCACUACUUGCAGCAACAGGCUGCCCCCUCGGAGUUUAUGGACAACGCCAUCACCAAAGUCUGCGACUUGGCCAUCUCGCGCAAUGUGCGACUCCUUGUUGAUGCAGAGGAACAGGCUGUGCAGCCUGGAAUUGAGGGAUGGGCCUUGAAGUACCAGAAGUACUGCAAUGCGAAGACCCCCGGUAGCGCUAUUUUCUACAACACCUACCAGGCUUAUCUCCGCUCGACGCCGGCGACCAUUGCCAAGCACCUUGAGGUCGCUCGCCAGGAAGGCUACACCCUCGGUGUCAAGCUCGUCCGCGGUGCCUACCUUAAGACUGAACCGCGUCAUCUGAUCUGGGCUGAGAAGGAGGAGACUGACGCAUGCUACGACGGCGUCGUCGAGGCCCUCCUGACCCGCCGCUACAACUCGAUGCUGAAGUCGGCCUCUGAGGAGCACAAGACCGAACUUCCCCCUGUGAACGUCAUCAUCGCCACUCACAACCGGGACUCCGUCCGCAAGGCCCACGCUAUCCGUCUCCAGCAGGCUGCUCGGGCAGAGAGCCACGGGGUUGACCUCAGCUACGCUCAACUCCAGGGCAUGGCCGACGAGGUCAGCUGCGAGCUCUUGCAAGGCUUCCCGAACACCGACUCUUCGUCCCUUCAGGAAUCGCCGAACGUGUACAAGCUGCUGACCUGGGGUACCGUCAAGGAAUGCAUGGGCUUCUUGAUGAGACGCGCCGUGGAGAACACCGAGGCUGUUGGCCGUACCAAGCAGUCGCAGGAGGCCAUGCUUGGGGAGCUUAGGCGCCGUGUCCGCCGGCCCGCAGUCGCCCAAAUCCUGCGACAGCUGACCCCGACCCAGUGCCAUGGCUUCCUCGAUGCCUUCUGUGAAGCUCUGACUACCGUCUCAUCUCAGUCCAGAUCUUCUGAACAGGAGCGACUCAUCCAUCAACCCCUCCGCAGCACCAUCACCACCAAGGAGCAGAACUUGUCUCUCUUCAUGCCCGUUUCCAACACCAUCAGCACCGGCAUUAAAAUUGUGACCGCGUCCCAGGCAAACGGAAUCAUUGGCGUGAUCAACAUCUUCUCUCCAGAAGGGAAGCUGCAAGGUCUCCUCAGCGCAGCGGAGAUCACAGCCUUCCGCACCGCCUUGGCCGUCAUGUCGCUGUUCCUACGCUGCGCAUCCAUCCCCAAGGAACACAUCUUGAUCUUCGGCUCUGGAAGACAAGCCGAGUGGCAUGCGCGACUCGCACUCCUCCUUGCUCCCGAGCAGAUCAAGAAUAUUACUAUCAUUAGCCGAGGUCGUCGGCGAAUGGCAGAGCUUGAGAGAGAUGUGAUCGCCGAUCUACGUUCCAGUCAUCCUAACGUGACCUUUUCUACGUUGGUGAAAGAAGAUACGCCAGAUUAUGAGGAGGUGCUUCGAACCGAGCUGACUUCGUGCGACGUGAUCUUUAGUUGUACGCCUGCGACAGAGCCCAACUUCCCGUCCACGUAUCUCCACCCGUUCAAGCCGCGGUUUAUCUCGCUUAUCGGCUCGUACAAGCCGCAUAUGCGGGAGAUAGACACCGAGACCCUUCUCUCGGGCGGGGGGAAGAUCUACGUGGAUUCGAAGGAGGCGUGCUUGGAGGAGUCUGGAGAGCUAAUCCUGGCGGAGGUGAAAGAGGAUCAAUUGGUGGAAAUUGGGGAGCUGUUUGGGGAAAUGGACAAGGAACAGCCGGUUAACGUGCCGGAUGGCCGGAAUGUGGUGUUCAAGUGCGUGGGAAUGGGCAUCAUGGAUUUGGUGAUCGGGAAUAAGCUGUUGGAGGUUGGACAGGAGCGGGGCAUUGGGAUGGAGGUGGAUGGUUUCUAA